AUCAAUGCUUGAUCUGUAGAUCUGCAUAGAUACAGAUCAAUGCUUGAUCUGUAGAUCUGCAUAGAUAGAGAUCAAUGCUCUAUCCCAAUACUAAUCCGUAGAUCCGCAUAUAUAUAGAGAUCAAUGCUUGAUCUGUAGAUCUGCAUAUAUAUAUAGAGAGCAAUGCUUGAUCUGUAGAUCUGCAUAUAUAGAGAUCAAUGCUUGAUCCCAAUACUAAUUCGUAGAUCUGACCCAGAAAGAGAUCAAUGCUCUAUCCCAAUAUUUACACAACAAAAUUUCUUACUUCUGAUGGGUUAAGCCAUUUUUACGUUUAUUCGACACAAACAAACAAAUAAACAAACGGACAAACAAAUAAAUGAAUUAAAAAUAGCCGGUUGAUAGUGGGACUGUUGUAAUAUUUGUUCACCAUGUACGGGCUAAUUCUUCAGAACAUGGUUGAGUACAUAAGGAAUUCGUAUGGAGAAAAACAAUGGAAAGAGAUCAAAACAAAACUAGAUUUAGCUGAGGAUGAUUUUGGCAUCUCUGAACAAUUCCCUGAGGGCCAAAUAUCUAAAAUGGGGAAAGCAGCAAUGAAAGUGAUAGGAGUAAAGGAUGAAGAGUUCUAUGAGGGGAUGGGUGUAUAUUUUGUUGCUUUGGCUACAAACCUGGGCUAUGGAUUAAUGCUCCAAAGUGUAGGCAGAAACUUUCGAGAUUUUUUUGUAAACCUGGAUAAUCUUCAUGACUACCUCAAGUUUACAUUUCAAAGGAUGAAAGCUCCCAGUUUCUUUAUUGCACAUGAGGAUGAGUCUGGAAUGGUUCUAGAAUACAGGAGUAAGCGGCGUGGGUUUCAUCACUACGUCCAGGGCCAGGUGAAAGAGAUUUCCAAGAACUUUGCUGAUGAAAUUAAGAAACUCGAGAUAACCCUGAAAAAGCAAGAGGUUGUGUUUGAUACUGUAGUCAGCACAUUUGAGAUGAAGUUUGUGAACCAAGGUUAUAAAGACUUUCUUUUGCAAGAGGAACAAAGGAAAGUUGCAUCAAUGCCGCUCAGAGCCAGUAUUCUUUUUGAAAUGUUCCCCUUCUGCAUUCUUUAUAAUUCUGAUUUGACCGUGUCUGUGCUUGGUAGUGCUCUCCGACAAAUCAUCCCAAAAAUGGUUGGACAAAACCUGACUAACUGGUUUGAACUCAUUAAACCAUUGGUAGAGUUUAAAUGGGAGGUUAUAAUGUCACGAAUGAAUUCUAUGUUUGAACUGGCCUCACAGGAAGAAAUUGACAAACUGUGUGCCUCUGGGGGUGGAUCUACUUCUGGUGGUUAUAGCAGUGAAUUGAACCAUUUGUUGGAUGAGGAUGUGGAUAAAACUUUACAUAUCAAGGGUCAGAUGAUCUUUAUACCAGAAUGGAAUUCUAUUCUCUUCCUAGCUUGUCCAAUGAUGAAGGAUUUGAACAAUCUCAUCUGGUCUGGUUUGUUUAUCAACGAUCUUAGUAUGCAUGACUACUCUCGAGACAUUAUGCUGUCAAAAACCCAAGAGCAAAUUGAGCUGAAGAUGGCUCUGGUAAAUGCUGAGAUAAAAGCUCAAGGUGUGGCCCAACAGAAACAAAAACUAGAUGCUGUUAUGAAGAAAACUCAGGACAUCAUUGAUCAAAUGCUUCCAAAACAAAUUGCUGCCGAGUUGGCGCAGGGAAAAUCAAACAUGGAGGUGUGUCAGUCCUAUGAAUUAGUGACAAUGCUUUUCUCAGAUAUUGUCACAUUCACGGUUAUCUGCUCAAGACUAAAACCUCUACAGGUUGUUGCCCUUUUAAACAAUAUGUACACCCUGUUUGAUUUCCUUUGUGACCAGAAUGCUGUUUAUAAGGUUGAGACUAUAGGAGAUGCAUACCUUAUUGUGGCUGGAUGUCCAGUUAAAGCCAACAAUCAUGCAUUGCGGAUAUGUGAUAUGGCAUUUGAUAUGAUGGACGGAAUAUCAAUGAUGAAAGAUCCUGGGACAGGUGCUGAUAUAGAAAUGAGAAUUGGAUGUCAUUCUGGUCCAGUCAUUGCCGGAGUCGUAGGUUUAAAAAUGCCAAGGUAUUGUCUGUUUGGAGUAAAUGUUGGCCUGACUGAGAAGUUUGAAUCCAAUUCUAAACCAAUGAGAAUACAUAUUUCUGAAACAUGUCAGAAAGCUCUCACAGCGCAAUAUAAGGUUGAGGAACGGAAUGAUCCCGGACUGAAGGAGAAAGUUGGUGGCUAUAGGAGUUUUUUCCUAAACGAAAAAGAAGGCAGGAAACGUCUACCGGAAGCUGUUAUAAAGGCAUUAAUGCCGACCGAUAAAGAAAUGCCGAAAGUAGAAAAACCUGCGGAAAAAAAGGAGAAAGCAGAAAAGACGGCUACUGCUACCAACAAAGAGCCAGCAAAAGCUCCUGAAGCCCGUACUAAAGAGGUUGAGGCAACUCCUUCAGAACCAUCUAAGAACGCUAAUCCUGGAUCUGGAGGUGACAAAAACAACAAUAAUACCACAGAGGCAGAAGAAACGUCGGGAAAAAAAGAAGCGCUCGAGAAUGAAGCAGCUCCUGUGAAUAGUGGCAAGAUCGAGGAAAGUUCCGCAAUACCAAAUGUCGAAACUGUGGCUCAAAACCAGUGUUGUGGUGGACUAGAGAGAUCAGCUGUUUGCAGCAUACUCUAAAGGUAUUUGGAAAUGGGGCAUAUCGGAUUGGUCUGAAAAAUAUAUUAUUUAUGUUUAACAUAUUUGUAGAUGAGAUUGAAAUAUGUAAGCUCAGAAACCUGAUAUCUACAUAAAUUUGGCUUGCCUGUUCGUACAAUUAUUUGUAUCCAAAAACGGCUGAGCUGAUCUGGCAUUUUUUGUGAUAAGUCAAAUGAUCCCAGGAUAAGAAGAAAUUUUGAAAAUAAUUUUGACCUUUAAAAAUACAGACAAAUACGCGAAAUUUUUAGUUUAAGAUACGCGAAGUCUCAAAAAAGAGAUUUUCAUAAACAUAAAAAAAACACAAAUAAAUAAAUAUAUGAGCAUUUAACAAGGAACUUUAACUUUUACAAAAUAAAACACUAUUUUAAACUAUACCACAUCUUUGUUCACUAUGAUGUAAGCCAAUAAGACGAUUUUUUACUGGAAAUUUUAUUACAUUAUCUAAACAUUUCAAAAUAAAAAAAAUGAUAAUAUGGAGAAACAAUCAAAAGUUGUCUUUUAUGCCUUUAAGUCUAUAAAACAUCUUUAAGCUCAGCUUUAGUACAUUUAAGGUGUGUCGAGGUUGGAUUUCACUUGUUUUACUUAAA